ACUCCUGGAAGUAUACAAUGCAUUCUAUGUGGAAGAUAGGAUAGGUAGAACACACCGAAUACCUCCACGGUACAGUUUAGAAUACCUUUUGACAUCCAUGGGUCGCGAGAAAACCGUCCGUGGGUGAGCCGGAUUAGGCCAUGGUUCCAGUCGCACUUUCCUCACUCACUGCGCUCCUUCACUUGCUAGGUCUUGGCGCUUUUCUUUCUUAAAGUCUCCGAUCGCACAUGAAUUCCCUGCAACACCAUCGUUCAUUCACAAUAUUCCCGCCACCGGCGCCGUCCAAACGCUCCAUGCGAUAAAUAGACUUACUACCGCCGAGAUGUCUGACACCGACGCCACCGAUUCUGCAGCCGUCCACCCGUCGCUAUACGAACAACUACGACGCCUCAGGCGCCAGACUCAUCGGAAUCGCAACCGCAACCGCAACCUGGCUCUUGACCUGAACAGUCUAAUCCAACUACCUCAGAAUCCCACGAGCGACCUAAUUAUCGAUAUCGAUAUCAAUCAGCUACGUCAGGACUUGACAGGACUUGAACGUUCUGUACCCAACAUCACAUCUGCCCAGCGUCGAUUCCUUAGGCGAAUGGAUCUAAACAUGGCGCGUAGCUUACGUACACGAGGUAGGGCUACCGAAGCUACAGGCGAGAGCACUGCUGCUCCAGCGCCCGCGGCCGCACCCCAAGCUCAAGCCGCUCUCAAGCCUGCCACGACGCUCGUAUCGAUGCUGCCAAAGACCCCCUACAAUGAGAUGAAGGAGGCAGAGGGGAUUGUGAACACCCCCGCGUAUACCAAAAUGCAACUCGCGCUCCUGGAGUGGCUGGGCAAGAACCCCUCUGCGAAGCUCACUGUCCGGCAAGCUCAUCGCUGGACUGAGAGCAUUGCAGAGAACAAGCGUCUGAACGCAAAGGACGCUCUGCGCCUCUGCUACUACAUGCGCUCGCAGGGCUUCGACACGUACGCCAACAUUCGCAAUAGCUCUAUUAGCUUAUAUCUUUUCAAUCAGGCGCCUGAACGUGGCGAACACAAGGCCCUGCUGUAUUGGAAGCAGAAUUACACGACCAACGCCAUCGAGCACACGAUCUCUGAGGAACACAUACCAGCCCGUCCGGCGCGAUACAACGAUUUCAUACCCUCGGUAGUCUCCGAGCAUCAACUUCUGGAUGCUCUCUUGGUCGGGCCAGACCCACGUAUCCCUCAACAUGCAGGUGGCCCUGCCCCUCGGGUACCAGAGGGCGACGAAGCACAGGAAGAAGACGUUGAACCGACCGAGCAUAACGUCGCUACGCUCCUCGCCGUCGCUCAGGCAGACUUGGAGGCUCAGUUCUUGUCUGAUACCUCGGAUACAGAUCGCGUUGAAGCUAUGCUCGCCCAGAUUGAGCAGCUCCAUAGCCAAGGACAAGAGGACUAGGUGGUGCGCAGAGAUGUGGGAUGGAGCACUUCGAGGACUACAUGGGUUUUGAACAGGCACUUUUGUGACAUUUUCGUGCCUUGUAGGCUCCAGGAUGUACUUUGGUGUGACUGCUAGGUUAGAAUACAACUCUGUUUGGCACUGGGAUCUUGGCAACGGCCAUGCUCUUGAGUAC